AUCUCCUCCUCUGCUUUUUAGUUUUCUCUCCCAUUUUGGCUUCGCCCCACCCACUGCCUCUCUCCCCACUGUGCUCGCAUCGCAGGAAGAACCCGACCGGCGACGCCUCCUCCACGGCGAAAUCCCCAUAGUUUUCUCCACGAAUCGAUCCAAUUCGCGGCCUUUCCCUUCCCCCUGGGGCCAAUUCGCGUGGAAAUUCGGGAAAAAAAAGGCGGGAUUUUUCUGCCUUUUUCUUUACCCCCCUUUCCCUUUUUGACUCUCCGCACGGUUCUUCUUUUUAUUGGUGUCACUGAUUGUGUUUCUCGUGGAAAAGGCGCGGUUUUAGGGGUCGUCUCGAUCGCGGAUUUGGCUCCGGAGGCGUCGAUUUGAUCCUAGCAAGAUUGAGGAAUGAUGGAUUCGUGAAUUUUGAUCGAGUUGCUUGUUUGGACGAUCCGUUAUGAUUAAGCAAAUCCUGGGCCGGCUUCCCAAGAAGGAGAAGCCGGGCAAGUCCGGGGAGAAGGAUUUGGCCGGAGUCGGCUCGUCGCUGCCUGAUGCAAGAACCACCACGGAUUUGACCAUGUCUAGUAGGAUCGCCAAUCCUAACAAUUAUACAGCCGCGGUCACAAAUCCCGGCCAGAAUUACACCGUCAAGAACGCCCAUCAUGGUGGUGCUGGUGUCAGCAAUGGUUUCUUGGCGCCGCCCGUGUUUGAGGCGCUUCCGAGCUUACGGGAUGCGCCGGCGCCAGAGAAGCCCAGCUUGUUUCUCCGGAAGGUGGUCAUGUGCUAUGUGGUUUUCGACUUCACGGACCCGACCAAGGAUGUCAAGGAGAAGGAGAUCAAGAGGCAAACAUUGCUGGAGCUCGUGGAUUAUGUCACCUCAGCUACGGGGAAAUUCCCGGAGCCCGCUGUGCAGGAGGUCAUCAAAAUGGUGUCCACCAACUUGUUCAGGGUACCGAACCCCGCGCCAAGAGAGAACAAGCCGCUUGAGUCAUUUGAUAUGGAGGAGGAAGAACCUGUCAUGGACCCGGCUUGGCCGCACUUGCAGAUUGUGUAUGAACUAUUCUUAAGGUUUGUCCAGUCUCCUGAGACCGAUGCUAAGCUGGCCAAGAGAUACGUCGAUCAUGGUUUCAUUAUCAAGCUGCUUGAUCUCUUUGACUCGGAGGAUCCUAGGGAAAGGGAGUAUUUGAAGACAAUACUUCAUAGGAUAUAUGGGAAGUUCAUGGUGCACCGUCCAUUCAUUAGGAAGGCGAUUAAUAAUAUCUUCUACAGGUUCAUAUUUGAGACAGAAAAGCAUAACGGGAUUGCUGAGCUAUUAGAGAUUUUGGGGAGUAUAAUCAAUGGUUUUGCUUUGCCACUCAAGGAAGAGCACAAAUUGUUUCUUGUGCGAGCAUUGAUUCCACUCCACAAACCAAAAUGUGUUAGCAUGUAUCAUCAACAACUGUCAUAUUGUGUUACUCAGUUUGUUGAGAAGGACUGCAAGCUUGCGGAUACUGUUAUAAGGGGUUUACUUAAAUACUGGCCCAUCACGAAUAGUGCUAAGGAGGUGAUGUUUUUGGGCGAGUUAGAAGAGGUUUUGGAAGCCACUCAGCCAGCAGAAUUUCAGAGAUGUAUGGUGUCACUUUUCUGUCAGAUCGCCCGCUGUCUGAAUAGUUCUCACUUUCAGGUGGCAGAGCGAGCUCUGUUUCUGUGGAACAACGACCAUAUUGAGGUCUUGAUCAAGCAGAACAGCAAGGUGAUACUGCCCAUAAUCCUUCCUGCAAUAGAACGAAAUACAAAAGAACACUGGAACCAGGCAGUUCAAAGCUUGAGUCUUAAUGUUCGCAAGAUAUUCAUGGAUCAUGACCCUGUACUGUUUGAGGAGUGCCUCAAGAAGUUUGAGGAAGAUGAAGCAAAAGAAACCGCGUUGAGAUCAAAACGUGAGGCCACAUGGAAGCGCCUAGAAGAGAUUGCCUCGUCAAAAACUAUCAGCAGUGAGCCAGCAGUUCCUCCAGAGGCUACAGUUCAUUAGCAGCGCUCCUCAGCGUUGCUUGCUGAAUGCUGACGUCGUAUGAGCAGCUCGUUUGCCAGAUCUAGUUAGAUCACUGAUGUGAAUGCUCAUGGAUUCCUGCAUGCCUCAUGUUACUUGCUCCUGAACAUUUUCGCAGGCUGACUUGUAUAUACAAGGUAGAUGAUGGACUUCGAAUCUUCAACAGGGCUCAGAGCUGUGUCUGUUCCGAGAUCGUAGCACCUGUUCUUCGCCGUGGGACAAAGGAAAGGAGGCAGAUUAUGUCCUUGCUUUUCUGAGAUGUAUGUGCUAGCCUGCUAGGGGUCAAGGUGCAGACUGGAGCUCAGUGCCCUGAUGUUGAGGACGGUUAGCAGCACAUGAGAGAGUAGCAAGUAGGAACAGAGUUUGCUUGUUGAUCAUGGUUUUGCAGAAAUACAAUGUUUUUAUGUAUGAAUAACUUCGAGUCUUAUCAUGAUAAUAUGUACCCCGGGUGUACAUGUGUUUGCUUUUUCUAGAUGUAUACAGAAAUUUGUAACGAGGAAUGCUUCCUGCUUGCAUCAAUCGAUGCAGAGUUGCUGACUGGUGGUCAAUUUGGAAUUAUUGCAUUUUUGUCUGCCUUGUUUAGGGGUUGUUUGGUUGGUGGCUAAACUUGCCACACCACA